AUGGGCCGGUAUGUCUUCUCGAUAGGCCGAAUCGUCAUCACCGUCGUGGUGCUGGUGGUGGGGCCAGUGGCCGUUUCCUCGCAGCCCUAUGGCGACCUAUUCCAUGAUAUUCGCUCGUACUUGCCCAAAUACGCGCGGCACAACCGGUGGAUGAACUCGGGCAAAUACCAGGGCGACAUCGACGUCAACCCGCAGCUGAUCCAGUCAGCCCAAGGUCAAGUCUUCUACAAUGCCCUCAAGAACAAGCAGCUCCGGUGGCCGGAGGGCGUCAUCCCAUACGUGAUGGACACGGCUUUUUUACCUAAUGAAGCGCGCACCAUCGAAAGAGCUUUCAAUUCGUACCACCGAGCUACUUGCAUCCGCUUUGAGCCGAGAGAUGGGGAAGGAGAUUAUUUGAACAUCGUCAAGGGAUACGGAUGCUACUCCCAAGUCGGCCGAACCGGUGGCAAGCAAGAGAUCUCACUUGGCCGUGGCUGCCUAUUUCACGAGAUCAUCGUUCACGAGCUGAUGCACUCGGUCGGCUUCUGGCACGAGCAUUCCAGGGCUGAUCGUGACGACCACAUCAAAAUCGUGUGGGACAACAUCCUCCCCGGCAUGAAGUCCCAAUUCGACAAGGUGGCCGCGUCGCUGCAGGAUUUGCAAGGAGAGAAAUACGACUACCUCUCCAUCAUGCACUACGACUCGACGGCAUUUUCCCGAAACGGGAAGAACACCAUCGAGACGGUGGAGGACGGUUUUACGGAAAUGAUCGGGUCCGCCAAUGAUUUGUCGAAGAACGACGUCAUCAAGAUCAACAAACUCUAUCAAUGUGACGGCCCAACGCCGGCGACAACGCGAAAACCCUCAAAACCGCUGAUAAAACAGUCGCUUCGGACCCGGAUACGACCAAAAAUUGAUGCGGCUGAGGGCAGUGAAAAAUGCGUGGACCACUUCAUCGACUGCCCCCACUUCUCCCAGUACUGCAAGCGAGCGUCGUUCUUCUUCGUGAUGAAUGUAAAACACCAAAUCGGCGAAGAGUCCCCGGCAGUCUGGCGUUGCCGCCGCUGGAUGACACUCUACGAGCCGCCCUCCCUCCCACCGCACUGCCAACGACGAAUGGGCUUCGCCAAAAAUCUGCUCCUCAAGCUCAAGGCCGUCAUCCCAAAUCCACACGACGGGCCCUCCUCCUACUCGCCGAUGGAGUUCUACUCCAGACCGCGCGCCAAGUCGCUGCACGGCAGCCCCGACUGGGACUACCAGCCCGAUGAAGCAUCCCUGCGCCACGAGACCGGGCAGCUGGCCGAUGAGCUGAAGCGAUACGAGAAUAUUCACCCGCUGUUCUUUCAAAUAUACGACAUACUGGAAGAAAUGGGCGAAGAUGACUACCACGCCGAGAUCAUUCGCGAGCGUGUCAUCAACCUAGAAGAAGCCUUUGUCGCAUCGCCGGAGUGGGUUUUAAGCCGAACGAUCACGGAGCUGCGCAUUGGCGUCGUCGGCUGCGGGCAAGCGCGUCAAGGCGCGCUCGUCAAUCGCUAUUUGACCGACGAGUUCUGCAACGAGAGCCUGCCCGACGGCGGGCGCUACAAGAAGGAGCUGACGAUGCAGGGGCGCAAGUAUUUGAUGCUGAUCCGGGAUCAAGGAGAUGCCAUGCCGUCUCAAGAGUUCACGAUGUGGGCCGACGUCGUGCUGAUCGUGUUCAGUGUGGAGCGACUGCAAGAUUCUUUUCAAGAGAUUGACACUCACAUCAACAUGAUGAGCCAUUUCCGAAAUAUUGAUCAUCUACCGCUGAUCGCCGUCGGCACUCAAGCGUCCAAAGCACCUACUCGUGGACUCCAAAGCGCCGAGGUCAACGGAAAAGUGAUGAAACUAGGCAAACACUGCAGCUACAUCGAAACGUGCCCAUAUACCGGCCACAAUGUGGAGGCCGCUUUUCUGGAUGCCGCUCGAAAAGCCAUCAACCAACGAUGCAUCUACUCGCUGCGCCCCGAAACGCCACGCUCGGAUCAUCGCAAAUUCAGCUUUGGGUUAUUCAGCCCUAUGCACAUGCCGUUCCGGUCGAAGUCGGGCGGGAUCUCGGCGUCUACUUCGCAUCUCAACCAGCACUCUCGUUCCGUUGCCCCUCCCUUCACCCCGCUAACCACACGGAAAAACCGCAGCAUUUCGGGCGUCUUGAGGCGAGAAAGCCUGGAAAAAUACCGACAUUUCGGUCAAGGGCAGACGAUUCCGAUUAUGCAGGCCUACCUGUGGAAACGCGCCGAGAAGAACCUGCUGAACCGCGAGUGGAAGCGCAAAUUCGUCUGCAUAUUUGACGACGGCCGCCUCGCCUACUACCCUAAUCAGAAGUCAUUUUUCGAGUUGAAACCCGGGAAGGAAGUCUUUCUCGGCUUGGCAACGGUGCGCCGCUCGGAUCGCCUGCAAAAUAGAGUGCUGCCCAAGACUGGCUCGUCCCCGCAUCUGAAUCAACUCGUUAAUGUCAAAAACGAGAAAAAGGACAGCCAAUCCUGUGCCCCACCAAUCCCGCUUAUUUCCGUGCCCAAGAAGGUCGUCAGGAAAGACAGCGCCGGGAAGACUGAAGAGCGGCCGGAUUGUUUUGAGAUUAUCAGCCACGACCAGCGGCACUGGAUCUUCGCCGCUUCGACGCCCGAAGAAAAGGAGCAAUGGAUUGCGGCCAUCGAACGACAAAUCGCACAAGCGCUGGCCAACGCGCGCGGCGAAGUUAGCCAGACCAACUCGCCGGCCACGUCGCCGACGUCGGACGACGCCUCGGCCACCCCGCAGGUUUCCGCCCUCCUCUCGCGCCCGGGGAACGAGCUGUGCGCCGAUUGUGGGGGCAGCAACCCGACUUGGGUGAGCCUCAACCUCGGCGUCGUGCUGUGCAUCGAGUGUGCCGCCAUCCACCGCGAGCUCGGCGCCCACAUCUCGAAGGUGCGCAGCCUGUGCCUCGACAACAUCAGCGUCGACAAGCUGUCGAUCGCCAGCAACAUGGGCAACGAGCGCGCCAACCAGUACUGGGAGCCCAAGGCCGCCACUGACACUAAGCCCACCUCGGACGCGAGCCGAGAACUAAAGAAACAAUGGAUCUGCAGGAAGUACAUCAAGCGCGACUUCAUG